AUCCAUAUAUUGAUUCCCUCCAUUCUCAACAUUUAAUCUCUCUAUACAUUCAUCUCUCUUUCUUCCCCUCUUUUUCCAGAAAUGGCACAACAGAUGGAGAAACCUAGAGUCACAGAGAUACAGGUGAGAAUGGACUGCAAUGGUUGUGUGCAAAAGAUCAAGAAGGCUCUACAUAGCGUCCAUGGUAUUCAUGAUCUUUAUAUAGAUUUUCCUCAGCAAAAGAUUACUAUAGUAGGAUCGGCAGAUCCUGAGAAAAUAGUGAAGGCGAUUAAGAAGACAAGAAAGAGUGCCAUUGUUUGUUCCCACAUAGAACAAGCAGACCCUCCAACAGAGCCAGAGGAAGCUGAACCAGCUGAGAGUGAAGCACCCACCCCUGAAUCCAGCAAUCCUCCAACAGAAGCUCCACCAGCUGAAGAGCCACCCCACGAACCGCCAAAAGAUCCACCAACACAAGAAAAUCAACCAGCAGAGGAGAAACAAACACAUGAGGUUGCUGACAACGCCAAAACCCAAUCAGGCCAACCCUCUAAACCAAGAGAUGUUGAAGAGGUUCAUGUAAUUUACCACUAUCCACCAGACUAUGGUUACAGAUACAACUUUAGCCAGGGAAUGAGUAGUCCUGAGCCACCUAGGGAUCACGGAUACCGAUACAACUAUGGUCAGAAUGUGAUCCAUGAGCCACCCCGGGACCAUCGUUUCAGCAGAUACAACUAUGGUCAGAGUAUGAGCCAAGAGGCACCCAGGGACCAUGCCUACAACAGAUACAACUAUGGCCAGAGCAUGAGCUAUGAGCCUCCUAGGGACCAUAGUUACAGAUAUCACUAUGGCCAGAGCAUGAUCCAUGAGCCUCCCCAAGGAGACUCUGGUUUCAGAAAUAAUCACACUCGUCCUAUCGGUCCGGAAUUCAGACCUGAGAUGCCACCACCAGGUCAACCACAAGGAGACUCUGGUUUCAGAAAUAAUCACACUCGUCCUAUCGGUCCAGAAUUCAGACCUGAGGUGCCACCACCAGGUCAACCACCGGUUUAUGCGACUCACAGCUACAAUAGCUAUCAGCCAUCACCCUAUGUGACUGGAUAUGAAUACAUCAGGUCACCACCAAGAUACACACAAUAUACUAGGCCAGAGCAUUACUCUGAGGACUAUCACUAUGGAAACAACAGCAAUGGAACAAUCAGCUCAGUAUUCAGUGAUGAAAAUCCAAAUGCAUGCACAAUAGCAUAGGAAGGGUGAGCAAAAUGGGUUCCAAGGGAAGCAAGUAAUUUUUUUGUUUCACCUGUAUGAAAGAAAGAUGCCUAACUAAUUCCAGAUGAUUCGUAAAGUAACUCUCAAUAAACAAAAAUAAAGCAAACAUUUGUAAAUGUUGAGAGAAAUGAGAUUCUUGACUUCAAAAGGUAAAGGGAAUAUAUCCUCCACUCCACCUCUACAAGGCUAAUUCAGACCACCUUGCAUUCAUUUUCUGAAGAAGAAUACUAAUAAAUCUACUUUAUUCUUGGAAUUUA